GUCUUGAGUCAUUGAAACCAGAUCUGCAUGUGGAAGUUUUUCUUCUGAAAUAUUACAUCAUAGCAAUAACUUUUAUAAAUAAUUAUAAAUAGGAACAAGUCAUGUCAAUCGUUUUGUGUUCAUAUACAGUAUAAUAGGAACGACAUUACGUUACAGAAAUAUCAAUAGAAAACAACACUAGUCAAGUAUGGCAAGUUAUGGAAGAGUUGGCAUAUUUCUGGCUGUAGGAAACCGUAGUUUAUAUGGUGUCACAAGUAAACACGUCACAACACAAUCAACAGAUAUGGUAGUUUAUUUGAAAAAGACAAAUGGUGACCUAUUAAAUUUUGGGAAAGUAAAAGAAACUGGUUCAAUGAAUAUAUACCACGAUGUUAGCAUUGUUGAAAUUAACCCUGACAUUUGCCAUAAUUUAUACUCAACCACUGUGCGUGAGGAAUGGAACACAAAUAGUCAAUUAAAGAUGUGUAAUUUUGAUGAGUUAUAUGGUAAAUUUGUCCGAACAAAAGGUCUCAAUGAGACAGGCAUUGUUCAUUUUGCAGUUGCACAAGUUGCAACAGGACAAGAGCACAGAGAAAACGAUAUAAAUACAAACAUUCAUUUUCUAGUUAAACCAGUCAACGAUUGUCCAUUCAUUCAGCCAGGAGACAGUGGUAAUGUUAUUUCCAUUCAGAAUACAGAUGUUUGUUACAUGCAUGUUGGAUUAAUAAUAGGAAAAUUCGAAAAUAAAAUUACAGGUUCAGCACUUAAAACUGCAGAUGAAAAGUCAAAACAAUAUGUGUUAUGCUUGAAUUUAAAGCAUGCAUUCGAAACUUUAAAAGAUAUUACCCAUUUAGAGUUCAAAGUAGUAUUUCCAGCUUUUCGAAAUAAUGGUGUAUUUAUAGAAAAUGGAAUGAAAUUAUGGAUAAAGACUAGAACAGUAAACUACAUAUCAAGGAGAGACUUUAAUUUGGCUGAACACUUGAUAAAUCUUAUAUUUUGUAUUAAAGAAACGGUUUCUCAAAGACCCGGAAUGUUUUGGACAGAGAACACUUAUAUACUAAGAUUAAGUCAGUUUGUCAACUCAAGGAAUGAUUUAGAACCUAGUGGAUGUGAUACUGCAGAUCACAAAUGUUACUUACAUGCAAUAUUAGGAUGUGAUUUCUUAUUCUCCGAAAAGUACGAUUUAGCAGAACACCAACUGAAAGAAGCGACAACAAUGAUAGCAGCUACUUCCUCUCCCUAUCGACUUUUAUGUAAAAUUAUUACAUAUAGCACAUGGCUUCUGCUCAAGCAAAAGCAAUUAAAUGAAAUGAAAAAUAUCUUAUAUCAUGGAUUUCACUUUAUGCUCAGAUUCAAAGAACAUGACGUUCGUAUUCAUGAUUCCAUUGGAUAUUUAUAUUUUGACCUUUCGCGAUAUUUUAUUGCAACGGGAAAACCUCGAAAAGCAUUGCGAAUGGCGUACAAAUCAUUGGAACUUUUCGAAAGAUUUGAGAGAGGUGGAGGACAAUCUCUUGGAACGUAA